GGUACUGAAAUGUGACGUCAACAGACUGCCGGACUGAUUGGAGUGUCGUCAUGAGCAAGAAUCAAAACUGCCAUCUUUCAAAAACAAAAAACAAAGAACAAACUGGCAAGAUUGCUACAGCGAGCAUAUAUGGCUGCUGUCCACAGAAAUACACUGUGGUCUGUCAACGCGGUGCAGACACUCCUUUGUUUGGUAGCUGAUGAGAGGAUCCAGAGAGAGCUGGACCCAAAACGACGUCACAGCAGUUUUGUGCAGCCGUGCUAUGAUGACCCCGCCCACGUUGACCUAUGAGCUGUCGUGGGCCCUUCCUCGUUACACACCCAGCGGGGCUUUAAAAAGGAAGGGCUGGAGGUCUUAGCAGCCACACUCUCUCUAUGCCUGUGUGUCUGCCUGUUGGACUCGGUGUGCUGCUCCAAAAAAGCGGCUGUGUCAACCUCUUCAGCCUCCAGGUUGCUUGGAUCAAAGAUGCAUACACCGCAACACGGGGCCCCCAAUCUCAUGCUCAUCCUCCUGUGCCCCAUCCUGCUGGCUGUGGGCCGUGCUGCUGUGGAGAGCCAAGCACUGCAUGAACUGGAGAAAGAACCAGAUUAUUGGGAUGCUCAGGCAAGAGCGACACUGGAUGCUGCACUGAAACUCCACCCUCAGAAUCACCGGGCCAAGAACAUCAUCCUGUUCCUCGGGGAUGGAAUGGGUGUGUCUACUGUGUCGGCAGCUCGGAUCCUGCGGGGUCAGAUGGACGGUGGUUCGGGGGAGGAGACCCUUCUGGCCAUGGACACCUUCCCAUAUGUGGCUCUGUCUAAGACCUACAGUGUGGAUAAGCAGGUAGCAGACAGUGCCAGCACAGCAACGGCCUACCACUGCGGCAUCAAGGCCAACGCUAAGACAGUGGGCCUCAGCGCUCACGCAGUGGCCUACGAGUGUAACACCACCUUCGGUAACGAGGUCUACUCAGUUUUACGACGUGCCAAGGCACAAGGUAAAUCAGUUGGUAUUGUGACGACCACCCGUGUCCAGCAUGCCUCCCCAGCUGCGGCCUACGCGCACUCAGUCAGCCGCAGUUGGUACAGUGAUGCAGAUCUCCCUUUCAGUGCUCGCCAACAGGGCUGUGUCGACAUUGCCACCCAAAUGGUCACCAACGUCGACAUUGAUGUGAUCCUGGGGGGAGGGAGGCUGUACAUGACACCAAAAGGCACACCAGACCCAGAGUAUCCUACCUCCAACUCUCGAAAGGGGGACCGCAGAGACAAGAAGAACCUCAUUGAUGUGUGGCUGAAUGCUAACCCGGACAAGAGGUCACACUAUGUGUGGCACAGGAAAGAGUUUGAUGAGGUUAAUGUUAAAACUACUGACCGGCUCAUGGGUCUGUUUGAGCCAAAGGACAUGAGGUUUGAGGUUUUCCGCAACAGCACACGAGACCCUUCCAUUGUGGAGAUGACGGAGAAGGCCAUACAAAUCCUCAGCAAGAAUCCCAAAGGAUACUUCCUGUUUGUGGAAGGAGGGAGAAUUGAUCACGGUCAUCACGAUGGCAUUGCCAAACUGGCCCUGACAGAGGCUGUGAUGUUUGACCGAGCAAUUCAGCGUGCUGCACAGCUAACCAGAGAAUCUGAUACACUGACUGUGGUCACUGCUGACCACUCGCACGUCUUCACCUUCGGCGGUAACACACCUCGAGGGAACCCCAUCUUUGGUAAGCUGUUAAUGUUGGCCAAUUAG